AUGUCAGCAGAAGACUUCCAUCGACAGAUCCAAAACAUCCACCGUCGCCAUCAAAGGACACACGAGCGCCUGCAGCGUUCUCUCCGGGAGAUUCACCAACAGAUGCGGGUCGUCCUUCAACAACAGCGGGACCUCCGCGAGCAGAUCGUGAACGUGAUAUACCAGCUGCCGCGGGGGAAUUGGGAGCGCAUCGAGCAAGGACUGGACCAGAUGGGGGAUCAAUUGGGCGAUCUGUGGGCAAUAGAUCUGCGGGUUCAAGGUUUGGUGCACGAGGAAGAGGAGAUCAGGCGCCAGAUGCGGGCCUGGGGAUUUUCUGCGAUUGCGGAAGAUGAGCAAGAGUGGAACAAUGUAGGAUGGAUCUACAAUUAUCGUCCCACGACUGUGAUGGAAUUGUAUAACAGAAUGUUGAGUUGGCUCGGCGGACAUCUCAGAUGGCUGGAUUAA